CCCCUUUCCCUGCCUGUGUGAGGUAACUUCCGGUCAGGUGUGCCUGGGCUGCCGCCAUGUUCCUGCAGUGCUACAACAACGAGCGCGGGGAGCGCGUCUACACCCUGCGGAAGGUGUCUCCGGACGGGGUCCCCACACGCUCGGCUCACCCCGCCCGCUUCUCCCCCGAUGAUAAAUUCUCCCGGCACCGCCUGGCCCUGAAGCGGCGCUUCGGGGUCCUGCUCACGCAGCGGGGCCGGGCCCUGCUCUGAGGGAGCGCAGAAAACCCCCCCGAGAUGGCCCCGAGAGCCCCGGAAUGAUCCCGAGAGCCCCGGAAGGAUCCUUGCCACGAGAGACCCCCGGGAAGAGGAGAAGAGGAAGAAGGAGGAGAAAGGAAAUAAAACCGAAACGCGGCGGGGAGAGAGGAAAAAUUCCCAGGAGGAGGAAGAAUUCGACGGAAAGAACAAUUCUCGCGAAAUUUUCACGAUGAAAUCCACGCCGGGAAAAGGUGGUGGCUCCAAAGUGCCCCCAAAAAAACCCCAUGGAAGUGUCGGAAACGGCCCCAAAGGCGCGUGGAGCUGCCCCCGAACGCCUGGCAGCGAUUUGUUUGGCUUCGCGAACAUCCCGAGCGGCUUCCUGGGGAAAAUCUUUAUCCCGCUUCAGGAGGUGACCUGAAUAUUAAAGGUUUCGGUGCUCUGGGGUCUCUCA